GCGUGUGCGUGUGGUGCAACUAGAGGACGAGCAGCUCCGACCGCACUGUGUCGGAACAUCGAGCUCCUACAUCCCCGCUGGAAGUGCCGCACGGAAAGAAGAGCGAGAAGAUUCGGCCGAGCCGAGCUGCCAUUGCGUUGAUUUCGACGAUCUCGCAUCGACCAUGAAGUUGCUGUGGGCUGUCAGUGCCCUUCUGCUGAGCUGUUGGCGAGCCGACGCGUCCGCAGCGGGUUUUACCAAGUCUCCCUUGUCUCAGAUGAAGCUGAUCGAUGACAGUGCAGAGCUGCACUGUGAGGUAAUAGGGAACCCCAUCCCCGAGGUACAGUGGUGGUUCGUAGAGGGUGAAGAGCCCAACGAGACCUUCACCCAGCUGUUUGAUGGAGCACGGGAUGACCGUGUGCAAAUAAAUGCUACAUAUAUAGCACACGCCACUAGCACCAUUCACCUCACUAGCCUCACCCUCGACGACUCGGGCACGUAUGAGUGCCGAGCUUCCAACGACCCUGACCGCAAUGAACUGAAGAGGACGCCAAAAAUCAAGUGGAUCCGCUCGCAGGCAAACAUUAUUGUGAUUGAAAGUCCAAACAUCGUUGCCGACCCUCAAGAGGUCAGCAACCAAACCUCUGCUGUGCUCAGCUGCAACUUGACCGAGUCCAGCCUUCCCAUCAAGGGCUCCCACUGGCUAUUCGAGGGCAAAAUGAUUGACGACUCCGUAUCCUCUGAUGCCAGUCCAUACACAGUCCACCGUUUGGAUAAGAUCACCCACAGUAACAGUGGAAAGUAUGAAUGUGUGUUUGCUACCGAGCCAGAAGUGAAGAUGGCAAUCGAAGUCAAAACACUCCCACAUGUUGUUGCAUACAAGCACUCUGAGCAUGGAAACGAGAACGACAAAGGUGUGAUGGUCUGUGUGGGUCACGGCCACCCACUGCCCACUGACUGGUUCUGGUACAAAGAGGAAGAUGGCAACAGUAAUGCUAUCCUCAAUGGCACUGGUGAAAGAUUUGAGAUCAAGAGCACCCCCAACAAGACCACUCUGACCAUUAGCAACCUGAGCAUCGAGAACGACAUCGGGUACUACACCUGCUCUGCAACCAACGAACUCGGCACAGGCAGCGAUAAGAUCCACCUGCGCGUCCGCAGUCGCUUGGCCGCUCUCUGGCCCUUCCUCGGCAUCGUGGCUGAGGUCAUCAUCCUCGUGACCAUCAUCUUCAUCUACGAGAAGAGGAGAAAGCCCGAUGAGGUCAACGACGAUGACGACUCAGGAUCUGCUCCUCUGAAGAGCAAUUCUACUGCAAACCACAAAGACAAGAAUGUGAGGCAAAGAAACUCUAAUUAGAAGCUGAACGAGAUGGACGUCCAGAUGGCGGUCCAGGAUUCAGCGGUUGUGUGGCACAUUAUACUGUGCACCCUGCAAUUUUAAGUACCUUUCUGUGCUUGGGUGUUAAUGUUUCAAGAAAAAUGAUUUCCUCCUGUUUUGGUUUUCUUCUAUAUUCUUCUCCACAUUGUGCAGCCAGAGAACAUAGUGUGAAAUACUUUCUGCUUGAGGCCGCGGGGCAAAUAUUGCAUGAGUUUAAAUGCCGUUCUAGCCAAGUGUGUGUGUUUGUUGUAAAAUCAUUACCGUUCACGUGAGGAAUGCUUAGUUUGUGAUUCUGUUCCGUUAAUGCAGAUGCUUCCUACACUGACCUCACAGUUUGUCAAGUCUUUUUCUCAGAUCGGGAAUGGUUACUUGUAAAGCAGCACAAGAUCUGUUUUAGAGGAUCUGAAGCGUUUUUUUUUUUUAGAUCCAGAUACACCACUGCCAUUCUGACAGCAAAGACAGGAGUGCGUUUGAAUUCACAUUUUUUGAUCUGUCCCCCACACCACCAUGAACCUCCCUUAGCAGAGUUCUAUACUUUGCCUUAACAAGCACCAUUUUUUCUUUUUGUCUUUUUUUGCAUUUUGCUACCUGUUACAAGAUUUGACACAAUGCAGAAACGACUAGUGUUGGGCAUCGAGUCACAGCUCCAUGAAGAAAGUUUCAUUUCUAUUCUGCUUAAUGGUUCCUAAACAGCUUUCACUCACACUGCUUUAUAAAUGAUGUACUGCGUAUCUACCGCCGUCCAUCUGCCCCAGAAAGGUCUCCUGUGACUGUUCACUACUAUUAUACACUAAAUUCUAUUAUGCACUAAAUUCUAUUAUUAAUUUAUUGCUCUUAAAGUGAUGUGCAGUCACCCUAAUCUGCCCCUCAAAGAAUCGGAAUAGUGAAGAACCAGAAUAAAUAAAUAAGCAGAAUCAUUAGAAUACAAGCGAUACCCAACCCUAGAAACGACCAGGAUCAAAGAUAAGUUUUCUUGCCAUAAGAAAUUAGUUUUUAAUUAAGAAACUUUUUAUUAGAAUAAUCUUUUAUUUCCUUUAACUAUUCACAUGUUGUAACAUGGAAGUUUUAGUCACCAAUGCUUGUGUUGCUGAUUUCACAUCCACAGUAAGAAAAAAAAAAAAAUCUCUUAAGGACCAAGUGCUAGAGAUGCAACCGUUGCUUCUGUUGAAUGCAACUUUUAAUACAGCGCACUGAUGUUUAAAACUGCAGAUAAUCAUGGAUGUUUUUAUUUUUAUUUUUAUUUUUUUUUUCAAAGUGAUCUGAAAUGUGUGUGCGAUUGUCUCUGUUCCUUCACUGUGUAGAUUAUUCAGAAGCCAUAUGUUCCAUUUAACCUGAAUAGUGUUGUGACUGGAUGUUACCAUUUCAGAAUUACACAAAUUAAAGACCUAGCCAGAAUUGUGUAAAUAGUUGUACCGUCCACGUACACGGAACACCAUCUCUUGUACAACUUCCACAAGCUGAAUAAAGGUAUUGAAAUUUA